AUGAGUCCGUCAACGGAUUCUGCUACAAUGCAGACACAUACUCAGAGAGUGUCGCUGGAAAGGACGAUCACAGGCACAAGUGCAACUGCCAGCACUGGUAGCAAGAAUUUGGGAUUUAGAGCCGGAGUGGGCCUGGAGAAUGUAGCGCGCAGGACUCUGGGGAUGGUGUUAUUGGGAGUUACUGUGAUGUUGUGGACGAGUAGUAAUUUUCUUGCUAGUUACAUAUUCGCCGAUAACACCUAUUCGAAACCAUAUUUUGUUACAUAUAUCAACACAUCAUUCUUUGCUGUAUCAUUGAUCCCUAUAUUUCUACGAAUAUCGAGAGAGCAUGGCUGGUCACAUGUGAAGGAUUCAGCUGUGGACUACUAUCAUGACCAAUUAUCAGAAUACCGCACCGGACUCCAGAAUCUCCGCAAAGGAUGGCAUCGCCGAGGAUCCAGUCGAGAAGACCAAGAGUACGAUUCUAUGAGCGCUUCUCAUUCCCGUCUCCUAGACUCUGCCGACGACCUUGACACAGAUCUACCACAGCCACAAGAACAAGAGAAGGAAGAUAGAUUAAGUGUAUCUGAGACGGCAAAACUUUCUCUCGAGUUCUCUCUUCUUUGGUUCAUAGCCAAUUAUCUCGUAGCCGGCUGUCUCGAAUACACAUCCGUGGCCUCCUCCACAAUCUUGACCUCCACUUCCUCAAUCUUCACCCUCCUCUUUGGGGCGCUUGUUCGUGUCGAAUCUUUCACCGUCCGCAAACUUCUCGGUGUUCUGGCUUCCUUCGCAGGCAUCAUCCUCAUUUCCUCCGUCGAUCUAGGGAGUACGGAUAAUGACUCAAACCGUGGGAGCUUUCCCCACAAAUCUCAAGCGCAAAUUGCGGUUGGCGACAUCAUGGCUUUUGGAAGCGCGGUGAUGUAUGGGCUGUAUGCAGUAGUGAUGAAAAAGCGCUGUGGCAACGAAGAUCGGGUCGAUAUGCCGCUAUUCUUUGGGCUCGUUGGAUUUUUCAAUGUUGUUUUUCUCUGGCCCGGUUUCUUCAUUUUGCAUUUCAGCGGCGUGGAAACAUUCGAGCUACCACCCACUGGCAAGAUCUGGCUCAUAGUAUUACUGAAUUCUUUAAGCAGUUUUAUAAGCGACUAUUGCUGGGCGUAUGCGAUGUUGUUGACAACGCCAUUGGUAGUGACUGUAGGCUUGAGUAUGACGAUCCCGUUGAGUUUGGUGGGCCAGAUGUGGUUGAAUGAUCAGACAAGCACUGCAGUGUAUUGGGUGGGUGCAUUGGUUGUCGUGGGAAGUUUUGUUUUUGUUAAUCAUGAGAGCAAGGAUGAGGAGAAGGGGGAGCCAGGAGAUGAAAGAAUCAUACCUAUCGUGAUUGUUGUGGAUCACGAUGAGAGAAGAGAUGAAGUGGUUUAG